AUGGAAGAGGGGAAUAAGGGAGGUGAAGAAGUAAAGUACAGGGGUGUAAGGAGAAGACCAUGGGGAAAAUAUGGAGCAGAGAUUAGAGACCCUACAAAGCCAACUGGAAGACAAUGGUUAGGAACAUUUGACACAGCUGAGGAAGCUGCUAGAGCUUAUGAUCGUGCUGCCAUUCGUUUGAAAGGUGCUCUUGCCAUUCUCAAUUUUCCUGAUGAAUACCAUCUUCAUCUUUCUUCUUUAUCGCGGCUGUCGUCAUCGUCGUCGUCUUCUAAUGUUGCCUUUGGCAGCAGUUCUUCGCGACAGCAAAAUGAAAUAAUCGAGUUUGAGUAUUUGGAUAACAAGGUUUUGGAAGAUCUUCUUGAAUCGUCUAAAAAAGAGAAUGAUGGUUGA